CAAAAGUUGCAUUUUGCAUUAUUUUUUUUAAAACAACGCUGCAGCAAAAAUAAAAUAUGCAGACUGACGAUAAAGUUGAGAAUGACGAAGCUGAGAAACCUACAACUGUAGUUUUUAAGAAAUCAUCCCGCAAAAAUCUACGUCAACGCAAGAAUUCUGAUGACGGCGAAAAGGAGGAACAGCUCACUCUGGACGAAAUCAAGGAGCGCCAACGUUUGCGACAGCGUCCCAACGGCGUCAGCCUUGUGGGCCUGGCACUGGGCAAGAAAGUGGCGCCGGAGGAGGAGCUGGCCAUCAAGGAUCCGUUCAAUGUGAAAAUGGGCGGUCUGGUCAAUAUGCAGACACUGAAAUCUGGCAAAAUGAAGGAACCUGAAGAUGCCUACGAUGUGGGCAUCGGUACACAGUUCUCAGCCGAAACAAAUAAGCGAGACGAAGACGAGGAAAUGAUGAAAUACAUCGAGCAAGAGCUCCAGAAGCGCAAAGGUGGCGGAGCCGAUGACAGUACUGAUAAUGCUGAUGAUGGCGAUGCCCAUAAAUAUUUAACGCCCGAGGAUGCGGCUCUCUACGCAUUGCCCGAUCAUUUGCGACAGUCGUCGUCGCACAGAUCCGAGGAAAUGUUGUCGAAUCAGAUGCUAAAUGGCAUACCAGAAGUAGAUCUGGGCAUCCAUGCUAAGAUACGGAACAUUGAGGCAACGGAGGAUGCCAAGCAGAAGCUGCUCCAGGAUGCCAAGAACAAGAAGGAUGGACCCUCGCAAUUUGUGCCCACCAACAUGGCUGUAAACUUUAUGCAACACAAUCGCUUCAACAUCGAGGACAGCAAUGAGCAGCGGCGACGCAAAAGGGAAGAUAAGGAAGCCAAGAACAAAUCUGCGCAACAUCAAACAAAUCCAAAUGGCGUCAAGCGUGCCACAGAUGAUUACCAUUAUGACAAGUUCCGCAAACAAUUUCGCAGAUAUUAAAAAAACAUCAAAUUUUGUAUAUGGAAAAAAA